UUAAGGCGCGCGGGUUCAGGGUGCCAGCGUCAGUUUGGAAACACACCCAGAGAAGGCCACAUCCCUUGAAUGACUACACUUGAAUAGCUAAAUUUGACGGCAAGACUUCGUGGGAAUGGACAGCAGGAUCAGACCGCUCGGCAUGCCCGGGCACACCGCCAACCCACUCGGUGGCUUGCAGGUCCCCCCUUCCCUCCUGCGCCCUCCUCCCCUCUUCCUCCGGGCUUGCAACCCUGCAUUAGAGAGGGGUUACCCGCGCACCCCGAAGUGUGCCAGAUGCAGGAAUCACGGGGUAGUGUCCGCGCUCAAAGGUCACAAGCGCUUCUGCCGCUGGAGAGACUGCGUGUGCGCAAAGUGCACCCUGAUAGCGGAAAGGCAACGCGUGAUGGCCGCUCAGGUGGCGCUGAGGAGGCAGCAGGCGCAGGAGGAGAGCGAGGCCCGGGAGCUCCGGCUGUUGUACCCCGGCUCAGAGGCAGGGAUCCCUCAGGGGUCUCCCGUAGGGCCCGUGGUGCCGGCAGCAACCAGCAACACUCCAACUUCUGCAAGUUUUGAUGUUUUUGGAGGGGAGAACAGAAAAGAUGAUGAAAAGCUGUGCAAGUACAACUUCUAUAACGGAUUCAUGGGUCGACCCCUCUAUGCCCCCCACACCGCACGUCUCACAACUCCAGACGACAAAAAGGAUCUGUCUCCAAACAGCGACAUCCCCAUGUCAUUAACUGAUAACAGCGCGAGUCCAUCCCCGGUGUUCGAUCAAUCGCAGAGUCCACACAGGUCACCUUCCUCUUCGGAUCCGGAGUCAGGCAGUGAGUCGGAGAAACCCAGAGACUAUUCGAGCUUGGAACGGGAUCCCACUGACAUCAUGGCCAGGAUAUUCCCCAACCAGACGCGGGACACCCUGGAGUCUAUGGUGAGAACGUGCAAAGGGGACAUUGUCAGGUCCAUUGAACUGGUCCUGAGCUCCAAAGAAAACAAAACGGACUCUGAUGUCCCCAGAGCUUCUGCUGGGUUUCCUGGAGCGCUCGGUGCUCUUGGGAACAAGUCCGCUUUCUCUCCGCUCCACAUGCCACCAACGUCCGCAGGGGGGGACAGUCUGUACGGGCUCGGGCCUCGCCUGGGCGUCAGCCCUCUGCGGAUGACAUAUACCUCCCCAAACGGUGCUAUGGCAGGUUUUAUGUCACCGUACAUGACAUCCGGACUGAUGCCAAUGUUUCCACUGCGUCCACCUUUGGACUACUCCUUCCCGGGCAUGAUCCGAGACCUUGCUUACCUCCAGAGCAAAGAGUCACUGUGCAGUUCAGGUCUUUACGCACGACUUAACACGGAAAAAUGACAAACUUGAUAUUGAGACAUUAAUAAUUUAAUUGUUAUUAUAGAUUGUCCUUCCAGUUUAGUUUUAAUUCACAAUCGAAAGUGCCUCAAACCAGAGCUUACGUUUGUAAUGACCGCACUCCCCCAAUUUCAUUAAAAAGUAACGACUGUUUUGUGUUACGUGUAUUUACAUGUUGUAAAGACUGUGUAUAUUUGAUAAAUAAAGCUAUCAAAUGGUG